UGCCGAGCCGCGAGGAUCGUGCGCAACCCUCCUACUGGUCUAUUGCGAAACGCACCCCUGGACUACCCUCUCUCGUGCCGUCGUCGAUCGCGCGCGCCCUGUCACGUGUCCCUCUCCUUUGGCCAUCUUCCUCGUGCAUCCGCGCGUGCAGCCAAGGGCAACGGACCGUACGCACGCCGCGGAUUCGUCAUGUAAUUUGAACCUGCGAGAGCAAUUAACGCCGCUCGGUUCCUCCUUUUGUUCUACGACUUCUCUUUUUAUCGGCUUUUACCUCGUUCAUCGUUUUUAUUUCUUUCGUUUUUUGCGAGAAUGCGAAGGGAUAAAGGACGGGUCGAUGAUAGACGAUGGAUAAUGGGUGAUUGAAAUUUAAACGAGGACUGCGGAUUUCGGGGUUGAGAAAGGGUUCAGUGAGAUGUAAGUCAAGGAUGGAGCUGAAGGUCAGCAUACUGCUUCUGGCGCUUCUACGCCUCGCCAGCACCCUCGAGAACGCGAAGGAGGAGGAGGAGGACGCGGACGAGGAGGACGAGGAGAAUUAUCCUGUAGACGACUACGACUACGGUGACUACGAGACCGCGACCAUAACCAGCGAUACCGAUCUUAUCGCCGGUGGCUCGUUGCCGAUCUUCCUUGCGGAGCCCGUCGACACGUUCGUGGUUAAGGGGAAGCCGGCAACCCUUCAUUGUCGCGCCGCGCACGCUCUUCAAGUGUACUUUCGCUGCAACGGUGACCGGGCUGAGCGAUCGCAGUACCAGGACUUUGUCGACCCUCGCACCGGGACGAGGGUCGUCGAGGUCGAGUUGAACGUGACGAGGAACGAGGUCGAGGAGUACUUCGGCAGGGAGAGGUUCAAGUGCGAAUGCGUGGCAUGGUCGGGACCAGGUCAGAUUCGAGGGCAGCCCGCCACGGUUGAGGUCGCCUACCUGAAGAAGCACUUCCUGUCGCCGCCGUAUUCGCUGUCCGUCGAGGUUGGUCGCAGCGCGGAACUCCGUUGCACGCCUCCUCUAGGACUGCCAGAACCGAGGGUCUACUGGCUCCGAAACGGCUCACCUCUGGAGACGAUCGUCGCCGGCUCCACGCCGGCUCCGUCCACCGCGGACAGAAUCCCGAGCGACGUGACGGCUAAUAACUUCGUGCAAACUGGCGAGGGGCAUCUGAUCCUGGCGGAAGCCGAGCUGACACAUCAAGGGAAUUACUCGUGCGUUGCGGAGAACAUCGCUGCCAGACGCGUUAGCGAACCAGCCGUGUUGACUGUUUACGUGAACGGCGGGUGGUCUUCCUGGUCCGGAUGGUCGGACUGCAGCACCCGUUGCGACCGAGGCGUGCAAAAGAGGACGCGAACCUGCACGAAUCCCGCGCCCAUCAAUGGAGGUCAAUCCUGUCCGGGCCCGGCAACGCAAAGGGUCGAGUGCAAUCCUUCCUGUCCCGCGGUUGACGGCAGAUGGUCGAGCUGGUCCUCCUGGUCCGCAUGCGGUCCCGAUUGUUCCAGAGUAAGAAGGAGAUCUUGCAACGACCCCCCGGCGAGCAACGGCGGUCGUCCCUGUCAAGGCAAGGACGUCAUCGUCGAGUCCUGCUCCGCGGAUCGAUGUAAUGCCCUCGGACAGGACGGACCGCGGGUCUUCAAGGAAGCGACCAGGGCGAUCGAUCACAGAAACAUUCUGGCUCUGUGGAUCACCCUCAGCCUGGCGGCGAUCGUGCUCGCGGUGACUACCAUCUUCUUCCUCCGACUCAUGCGUCGGAAGGAGAGGAUGGAGGCUCUGUACGGCGUGGCCAGACUCGACUUCCAUCGUCCAACCGAUUUGGCCAAGUCCGUCGUCUCCAAGAACGACCGCUCUUGUCUGUCCGUGGACCGGAGGUUGGAACAGGUGAUAGACGAGUCGAACGCCGCCAGAAUGUCUAGAUCCUGCUCGGAACAUCAUUACGACGUGCCGCAAUUGUCGUUACCCUCGACUACGAGGCCGUCGCCCAGUUCUUCCGUCGCUAGGUCCUCUUGUAAAAACUCACAACGUGGUAGAGGACUGUCAGACAACGAGGAGAGUCGAUCAUCCCGUUCCACCUGCCACGCGAACCAGGAGAGCACUAACGAAGAGGACGACGAGCACGAUGACGACGAUAGGCCUAGUGAGAGCGAUAGGAAUCAUGAGGAUUCGAGUGGGUUCGUCGUGAGAGCAGUGGUCGAUGAACAAGGUGCACUACUGGUGGUUCCCGAAGUCGGUGUCUCUAUGUCCGUCCCGGAGGGAGCGAUACCCCGCGGACGAAGGCACAGCCUGCACCUGGCAGUCCUCGGGGACGACGCUUUGAGACCCGGUCUGCCACCUGGCUUGACAUUAUUGUCAGCAGUGGUGGUUUGCGGGCCGAACAACGUCGAUCUAGUGAAACCGGUGAUCCUUCAGUUCGAACACUGUGCCGAGUUAAGAACAGGAAAUUGGGAACUGAGUCUCUGGUCCACGGAUUUGGACAUGGAGACUCGGUCCAAUAACUCUUCUAACUCUUCUGGAAACUCAAGUCUCGCAUCCGCGUCGAUGUGGAGAAAAAUCCUGACUCUGGGCGGCGAACCUAUCAAUCUCCCGGGACAACCGUUCGCGCAGCUCGAUCACUCGGGUGUUUUCUUAGUUACCGAGACUCCCAGCGUUUACGCCGUAGCUGGGGAGAAUUCUGUGGUGGCUCCCGGAUUGGCAGUGAAGAGAAUCUGCGUGGCGGUGUUCCUCUCUCGCGAGAGGGAUCACAUAAGGUGUCACUUGAUGGAGGAUACCAAAGCUGCCUUCAAGCUUGUGAUGGAACAGGAACGACGGCUGAGUGGAACCCGCAUCGAGCAUGGGACUCUAGGUUUCAGAGCAGGUGGUUCCCCAUUACGGAUCGAUUUGGAGGACAGAGAGAGCGGGUUUGUCGAGCGACAAGAGAUACAGCACCGCAGGCUUUGGUCGUCGACGAGAACCAGCAUAAGAAGGUCGUUCAGGAUCGAGAAAACCGUCGGUGAUCUGCGGCUGAGCUUCGAGCUGCGCGCCUGCCAAUGCGGCUUCGAGGAGCACGCGCUGUUCUUGAGAAUCGACCUCGACCUGAUGAAGAGGAACGGCUCCAGCGGGAAGAGGAUAGCGAAGGCCGAGUCAUCCAUCAUCCUGCGUGGGAAGAAUUCGACCAGGUCGACGGAAUCGGUCGUUCCCAGACCAUUCAGAUUUUCUAAAACUUUGAGAAAGCAACUGUGUCAGUGUUUGGAUCCACCCAGUGCGCGUGGAAACGACUGGAGGAUGCUGGCCCAAAGACUUCAAGUGGAUAGAUACGUGGACUAUUUCGCCACUAAGUCCAGUCCGACGGAGCACAUCCUGGACCUCUGGGAGGCGAAACACCAGGAGGCAACGGCUCUCGCCGACCUACUGAAUCACUUAAGACUGAUGGGACGAGUGGACGCAGCCAACGUUCUCGAAAGUCGCUUGGGUCCCUGGAUCUAAGUCUCCUAAGACCAUCACUGCCCACUAACGGAUACAAUCGUUUACAAUUUUACAAUGUUUUGUACAUAUAAGAGAACGGAAAUCUAUGUUAUAAGAGAUGUCAACGUAGAAACAAUCGUUGUAUAGGAUAUCGUGUUUGUACAUAAAGCUGGUUUAUAGCAAAUGUGAUUAA